AUGUCUGCACGCGAAACCUUUUUGGGAGAAAUUCAAAUUCUUAUAGCAGCUGCGACUCGCAACACUCAAAGGACAUGGCCUCUGAGAAUUAAGGAUGUUCUCAGAAUCACAAGAAUCGCAUUUCCAAAUAUGGAUACUUCAAUAGAACAAUGCGAUCAGAUAAAAGAAAUAGUGGGGUAUCCCGAACAUUUGAGCAGUGGUUCCUUGCCAUUGCUAGUGUAG